AUGGACUUCGAAGACGAUGAAUCGACAGAUGAUGGCUCUGAAUAUAAUGGAUUAGAUGACUCCGAACAAGAAGGAUGGUGGAGGGAAGAUGAAAGCGAAGAUUUGGAUUGUGAAGAGGAUAUUGAAGAUUACGAGUAUACUACCUCCGGUGAUACGACACGAUCGUCCUUUCCCUCACCGGCAUAUUUCAAUUAUAGUGCCAUAGCAGUAGCAGCAAGAUAUAGCGUAUUCUUUAGGACAUGGAUACUGUCUUCUCCAAACUUUCUUGAUUGA